AUGGAGAGCAUUUGGAAAGAGAUAAAAGAGACAAUCACUUCGACGUGUCAUGAGGUUCUGGGCCACAAGAAGCACCAUCACAUAGAAUGGAUCACUGUUGAUUCACUGGAUAUGAUCCAAGAAAGAAGGAACAAGAAUGCAGCAAUCAAUACCAUCCGAACAAGAGCAGAAAAAGCCAAGGCACAGGCUGAGUACAUAGAAGUAAACAAGCAAGUGAAGAGGAGCAUCAGAACUGACAAAUGGAAAUAUGCGGAAUAUCUAGCAAUGACGGCGGAAAAGGCUACAAGAGAAGGAAACAUGAGACAAUUGUAUGACACAACAAAGAAACUGUCCGGAAAUCACCGUAAACGAGAACGACUAGUGAAAAUCAAGGAAAGCAAUGUAAUCACCAACAUUGCAGAACAACGAAACAGGUGGGUAGAACACUUCAAAGAACUCUUGAAUCGACCAGCUUCACUGAACCCACCCAACAACGAAGCAGCACCCACAGACCUCCCAAUCGAUGUUGGCCCACCAACAAUUGAAGAGAUUAGCAUGGCUACCAGACAAAUCAAGAGUGGCAAAGCAGCAUGA